AUGUAAUAAAUCUAGGAAGAGUUCUCUAAACUCACUAUAGAAACAUAUAUCACGGGGUUCAUUCACUGUGAAGAAUUUGACAACCAUUUCUCAGCAAAAGAGCACUGUGAGAAUCCAUAAAGAACUUAAUCUAUAGAUAAAACUAUUUAAAAUUAUCUAUCAUCAAAAGAUUUAAAGAACAAAGUAGAAUAGUUGUCAUAAUUUGAAUAGUGUGAUAUAAACCAUUUGAGAUUAGUUCAUGAUGAAAAAUAUAUAGAUUUUGUAGAAGGACUAUUCAAUGCUGUUGGGAAUGAAUAGUUAACAAAAGAUGUCAAGUACUUUGAUGACACAUAUCUAUGUAAAACAUCAGCCGUGACUGCUAGGAAAUGUGUAUAAGCAGUAUUGGAAGGAGUUGAUAAGAUACUGAAAGCAGAAUGGAGAAAUGGAUUCUGUAGUGUUCGACCCCCUGGCCAUCACAGUGGACAUAAAAACAAACCAAAUGGUUUUUGUGUUUAUAACAAUGUUGCUGUUGCUGCAAAAUAUGCAAGAGCAAAAUACAAUGUCAAUAAAAUUGUUAUCUUUGAUUGGGAUGUUCAUCAUUGUGAUGGAACAGAGUCCAUAUUUUAUGAAGAUCCAAAUACCUUGGUGAUAUCUAUUCAUAGAUAUGAUGGUGGUAGUUUCUAUCCUGGUAGUGGAGAUCCUGUAAAGAUAGGAAGAAAAGAUGCAGAAUAUAAAAAUAUUAAUGUCGGUUGGAAUGUUGGCUGGAAUGUAAAAGAUAACGAUGCUCCAGGUUAUGAUGACUAUGUCUAUGCAUAUGAUAGAUUAUUAGGUCCUAUAAUAAAGGAAUUCGGUCCAGAUUUCAUUAUCAUAAGUGCUGGUUAUGAUUCAGCAAAGGGAGAUCCUCUUGGCGGUAUUAAUAAUACUCCAUAAGGGUAUUAAUAUAUGACUGAAAAGUUAUAAUAAUUAUGCCCUAGAGUCUUGGCUGUUCUUGAAGGCGGAUACAAUCUUGAUAUCACAGCUUAAUGUGCUCUCGCUACCUUUGAAUAAUUAUUAGGAGUACCUAAAUAGUUUCCAGCCAUUAUUCAACCUGGAUAAUGUGGAAUUAAUGCAGUGUAAACAACUGUAGAUAAACAUAAAUAAUUUUGGACAUGUCUCUCUUCAAAAGAAUUAUUGGAAUAUUAAAAACAGUUUUUAGGAGAAACAGUCAAUUUAAUUUCAGGGGGACAUUUAUAAGCUUUCCAGAUUAAAGAUAAUAUCAUUAUUAAAACUACAAAAAAGCAAGAAUACUAAUUCUAUUCUACGUUAACUAACCUUAAUAAUCCAUAUUAUGACGAAAAUAAAAGGCUAAUUAAAUUCUUACCUAAAUUAAUAUCACUAGAUGAAAAAGCUUGUACUAUUUCGAUGGAAAAUUUAACUUAUGGACUAGAAAAUGGAUCAAUAUUGGACUUAAAAAUAGGCUACAAAACAUAUCAUCCAAAUUGUACACAAGAAAAAAAAGAAAAAGAAAUAAAAAAGGCUAGUCUAUGUGAUCAAGUAUUGAUGGGUUUUAGAGCAGCUGGUAUUAAAAUAAGAGAUCAAAAUGGAGUUUUAACGAUCAACAAGAAUGGUUCUGAAGCUUAUAAUUGGAUAACAAAUGAUUAAAAAAUGAAAGAUAUCAUUGAAUAGGUUUUUAAAUCAAAUCAAGUUGAGUAACCUAAUAGAGAAGCACUCUAAGGAUGCAUUAAUUUUAUCUAGGAAUUAAUUGAGGCUCUUCAAACCAGCAAGAGAUUGUUUCGAAGUACAUCAAUUUUAAUCAUUGUGGAUAACAUUUCCAAAAAGUAUCAAAUCAAAUGGAUUGACUUCAAUUAUGUAAUGAAUUUGUCUGAUGAUUCUGAAAAUCCAGAAGCAGAAAUGGAUAAUAAUAUUAUGGGAGGACUUAAAUAUCUGAUGUCAAUUUUAAAAUCCAUAGAAGAGAAAUGA